UCAACAACAUUCAUUGAUAUCACACAUUCACAACAACAACAAAGAAAUAAAAAUAAUGAUAACUGGAGGCAGCGGUAUUAGUGGUGGUGGUGGUGGUGUUGGUGGAACAUCAUCAUCAUCGGGACGAUCAACUCCAUAUGAUUCAGUCGCAACAAAUAGUAUUAUAUCACAGAAUAUGAUGAUGAUGAUGACAACAUCAGCUACAUCACAUUUAGCUACAACAAUUACAACAACAUCUACAUCAUCAAUAUCACCGAAUUCAAUGAUGAUGAUAGCAAAUUUACAGUCAAUGAAUCAGUCAUCAUCAUCAUCAUCAACAACAACAACAACGACAUCAAGAUUUGAAGAUAAACCACCCGCACCACCAGUCAGAUUAGCAUCAGCUCGUGAUCAUAAUUCCAUCAUACCAAUCAUACCAUUAAAUCAAAUCAAUAAUAAUAAUAACGGAAGUAAUAAUAAUCUCAACAAUAACGAUUAUAUUACGAAUAAUAAUAAUAAUAAUAUACCAUUGGAUAUGCGACCAUUACCAAAAGUACCAUCCGAAGAAGAUAAUAUUGGUAAAGAAGGAAAAAAAAUGUCUGCAUUUAAAAAAUCAAAACUUCGAAGUUCAAUGAAAAAAUCUUCAUCAAAUGAAUCAACAACAAACAACAACAAUGCUAAUAAUAAUAAUAAUUCUAGUUCAAAAUCAAAAGAUCAUCAUUCAUCAAAUGGAUCAUCGGCAAGAAAUUCAUCGGAAGCUGAUCGUGGUUCUGGUGGUAGUACAAAUGGUACAUUUAUUAGUAGUGUUGGAUUUUUUAGCCGUAAUAAAUCAUCAUCAUCAUCAACAACAACAGCAACAACAACAACAACAACAUCAUCAUCAUUGGAUCAUGAUGUUGGUGGCGGUGGCGGUGGCGGUGGCAAACCAAUCAUAUCACCACCAACAAAUUUUGAACAUACAUUACAUGUUGGUUUUGAUCCAAAUACGGGUGAAUUUACUGGUAUGCCAAAAAAUUGGUAUGUUAUGUUAAAAAAUUCAAACAUUUCCAAAUUGGAACAAAAGAAAAAUCCACAAGCUGUGAUCGAAGUACUUAAAUGGUAUGAAGAAUCAACAAAAAAAGAUAAUUUAGAUAAAGGAUUUAAAUAUAUGACAAUGGAUACAGAAUCAACAUCACAUUCCUCUUCGGAUAAAUCAUCAAUAUCUGGAUCACAUCAAAUAAAUAGUUUUUUACAUCAUGGCCAUCAUACACAUCAUGGACAUCCACAUCAUCAUUAUAAUGAAUUAUUAUCCGGUUCACAUCCAACACUUUCAAGUCAUCAUUAUAAUAAUAAUAAUAAUAAUAAUAACAAUUAUAAUCAUCAUCAUGUUGGCCAUAGUGGUGGAUAUCAUCCAAGCCAUCAUCAUCAUAUACAUCUUCCAUCAUCGCAAAUGCAAAAUCAACAGCAGCAGCAACAACAACAAGGAUCAUCAUUGUUUCCACAUCGACCAUCACCAUCAACACCUCAAACUAAAUCGAAUAAUUUCGGUCUACCACCGACACCACCAAGAGCCCCUGGAACAAAACUUGGAACAACAACUAUACAGCAGCAACAUCCGAUAACAGGUAUAAUAUCAUCAUCAACAUCAUCUUCAUUAUCAACAUUUUCAACAUUAACAACCACUACAAGUUCUGCUGGUUCAACUAGUCCAACAACAGCCACAACAACAUCAUUAUCAUCACCAUCAUCUGAUGAUAUACAAUGUACAGGAACAACUACUGGACAGACAUCGGCAUCUAGCCUUUUAGCAUCGACAAAUUCAUCAACAUUGGCCGGUAGUGGCCUAAUGGCCACUACCGGUUUCGAUAAUAGUUGUAAUAAUGCAACCAUAACUGGAUCGAUAUUAUCAUCAUCUGGUUCCGGUUCGAAUAUUUCAAGUUCAUCAUCGAUGAAUUGUUUUUCAUCGGCAAGUGGUGGACCAGCAUUAAAAUUAUCAACUAGUGGCAAUAGUAUCGGUAGUAAUUGUAGUGGUAUUGCUGCUUUACCUUCGGUAUCCGAAACAAUAUCAUCAUCAAUGUUGAAAAAAUUACAAUCAAUAGAUUUGAAUCAAAAUGAAUCCAUAAUAAACAACAAUAAUAAUAAAUCAUUAGUACCACCACCUAUUAAUCCAAGACCGGAAAAAACAAAAUCUAUUUAUACGAAACCAAUUUCACCACGUGAUAUUCUUAACAACAACAACAACAAUAAUUCAAAUCAAAAUGUUAUGCCAUCAAACAUGACAAUCGCUCAAUCAGCCGUAUUUGCCAAAACGAUGAUGAUGAUGAAUCCUAGCCAAAUUCAACAACAACAACAACAUCAACAUUCUUUUAAUAAUAAUAAUAAUAAUGGCCAAUUGAUACCACCGCCAACACCAUUAUUAAAACCACGUGUGCCUAAACCGAAUCAAAUUGCAGCAAAUAAAAUGUCUGAUGAAGAAAUUUUAGAACGAUUACGAUCAAUAGUUACUAUUGGUGAUCCACAUAGAAAAUUUACCAAAAUGGAACGUAUUGGACAAGGUGCAAGUGGUGUUGUUUAUACAGCUAUCGAAAUCAGUACAGGAAUGCAAGUAGCUAUUAAACAAAUGAAUCUAUCACAACAACCGAAAAAAGAAUUGAUUGUCAAUGAAAUACUUGUGAUGCGUGAAAAUAAACAUCCAAAUGUUGUAAAUUAUUUGGAUUCAUAUCUUGUUGGUGAAGAAUUAUGGGUAGUAAUGGAAUAUCUAAGUGGUGGAUCAUUGACCGAUGUUGUUACUGAAACUUGUAUGGAAGAAGGUCAAAUUGCUGCCGUUUGUCGUGAAGUAUUACAAGCUUUAGAAUUUCUUCACUAUAAUCAUGUUAUACAUCGUGAUAUAAAAUCUGAUAACAUAUUGUUAGGUUUAGAUGGAUCAGUUAAAUUAACGGAUUUUGGUUUCUGUGCACAAAUCUCACCGGAACAAAAUAAACGUACAACAAUGGUUGGUACACCAUAUUGGAUGGCACCUGAAGUUGUUACACGUAAACAAUAUGGACCAAAAAUUGAUAUAUGGUCAUUAGGUAUAAUGGCAAUCGAAAUGAUUGAAGGUGAACCACCAUAUAUGAACGAAAGUGAUCCAUUACGGGCUAUCUAUUUAAUAGCGACGAAUGGAAAACCGGAAAUUAAAGAAAAGGAAAAAUUAUCAUUAUUAUUUCAAGAUUUCCUGGACAAGUGCCUUGAGUGUGAUGUUGAAAAACGAUGGUCAGCAUCUGAAUUAUUAAAACAUCCAUUUCUAAAGACAUCAAGUCCGUUAUCAACAUUAAAUCCAUUAAUAUUGGCAGCAAGAGAAGCAGCACGUAGUCAUUGAUUUACUGUGUUUUUUUUAUUUAUUCGAUUAUUCGAAUAUAUUUAAAUCAAUCUAUCUAAUCCAACGGAGAGAGAAGAAAAUUGAUCGAAUUAUG